AUGUCUGGCCACGACCCUAGAGCGAGUGAGAAUGAAGUGUUCAUGCGAAACAUAACCCAUGCUCGGUCGUCGUUGCCGCGGCAACCUUGGGAACAGCCGGCUAUGCUGUGCAUAUUUGAUCCAUUGAAGGCGGCUUUCCCUCAGGGCUUGAACCUGCCUUAUCAGGGACUGGUUGGUUCGUCGCCUGUUCCUCAGACGACAGCACAGCCUUCGGAUUCCGGACCGUCUGUGACGAGUGGUUCUCAUUGUCAGGCAUGGACUCGUGCAGUCAAGGCAAAACGAGGGCCUAGGGCCGCGGAUCGUCGCGAAGAGGCGUACCGCCGGGUCCUCACAUUACUGCAUGCUUUCUCGAGUUUCUUCGAUUUGUGUACCUUGAUGGCUGAUGACGAGGAGGACGGCCAGGAUUCUGUUCAGGCAGUUUUGGCAGGGAAAUCACAGAAUACCAUUUUGAAACAUGUGGGUCCGGUUCGUACCUUUUGUGAGUGGCUUUUGAAAGCCAGCUACGCUCCGCCUUUUGCGGAGAAAACUUUAUGGUCUUUCAUCCAUUGUGUCCUCAAGAUGCCCAAGACUGCGGCCACCACACUGGACAGUAGUCUGCGUGCUAUCAAGUGGAGCUAUUAUACAUUGGGACUACGUGUACAACUAGAGGUUUUCAGCAGCCCUCGAAUUCAUGGUGUGGUGAAGAAGGCGUUACAGACUAAAAACCCUUGGUGCCCGGCGACGCCCCUCAAAGUAUCAGAAGUUCUCCAACUGCACGCGAUCUGUUGUGAUCCCUCUAUUUCUGUCAUUGAUAGAUGCGGGGCGGCGCAUUUCCUUGCUAUGCUCUAUGCGAGGGCAAGACCAUCGGACAUCCGGUGCGUCAAAAGUAUCUUGAUAGAUGUGCACAACGAGGACUGGAGCUCGGGUUUCAUUGAGUUAGGGACGCUCGAGCACAAGACGUCUCGGCUGGACACCCAGCGACGUCGUAUACUGCCUCUGGCCGGUUUGCCGAAUGAUCAGGCGGAUGUCCCAUUUUUGCCGGCGCCUCUGCCGGAUGGGUCUUGGUCCUCCGACCCGCUGUCUAGCAGCGAAAUUACCAGGUGGCUGAGGUAUUUACUGCCACGUCCAUCGUCGGAACAGGCUGUGAGUUCGCACUCGUUGAAGGUUACCUCACUUGUUUGGUGUAGCAAAUUCGGGAUGCUUCGCGAGACCAAGCGAGUUCUAGGCCAUCACGCGGACGCUGCGACUGGCAGCGAUGCAGUUUAUGGACGCGAGUUGCAGAGUGCGGCACUGCGUGAGUAUGUUGUCGUGCUGGAUGCAGUCGCGACGGGCAAGUUCCUGCCGGACCAGACCCGUUCAGGUCAUUUCGCAUCAGGUUGGACUCGGGAAUCUGUCCUGCAGGCGGCUGCUUUUCCACCGGACUCGGAAGUCCUACAGGCGGCUGUGGAGGACGACCAGGAUGAUGCUUUGGCUGUAGUUUCUGAUGUUUCGGACUCCGAUGAAGAGGCCCCGGAGGAACAAUCUUUCUGGGCUCACCCGACGAGCCAGCUUUUGGUGAUCAUUAUCAUUAUCGGCGCAUCCCUAUGGCGCGGGCGCAAGCGCACCCACAAUGUGCCAAGUGUUUCCCCCAGAGCGCAGUUUGAUUUCUGCCUGCUCGAAAAGCGAGCGGAUGAAAUCUCGCUUGCCAAGCGAGUCGUGGAUGCCCUGAAAGGUGAAGGGGUCACCACUUUGGCCCAGUUGGCUUUUUGUGUCGGACAACCGGGACAGGUGCUAUCUCAGACUGAGUUUGACACGUGGAGCGAGGCCAUGUUGGUAGGCAUCACGGUGGGCGAGAAGGCGUCUCUGAGGCCUUUGAUACUGGAAGCUCAGACCAUGCUAGUGGCUUCCUUGAAGGAUUUGGCAGAACCUGCGGAACACGCUUCCCCUAAAAAGGUGGGGGUCGCCGAGCGUAAUGCUCGCAUGGAUCAGCUUCGGACUCAGCUCGCAGGAGUUUCGCUCACUGGACAGCUUGAGCCGAGUCAUGCAUUGCUUGACAUGAUUGACAUGGCCGUUCAGCAGUGGGAGAGUCGGUGCUUGAAGUACAUCGGUCCAGAGAAGUGCCAUAGCCGUGAGGAUGAGGUUCAGAACAUCAAGCCCUUGACCACCAGUCUGUCCUUGGAAGGCGGUAAGUUGAAGGUUACGGAGACUGCUGGUAUGGACGAUCGCGAUAUUGAGGGCUCUUUGCAGGUCCUUAAUGCCCUGCGUCGCAGAGGAGUGGCUUAUGCAUUUGCUCGCUUGAUCAGUUGGGAGAAGCAUGAGGCUUACAUCGCCUCUUUGUUCAGGUAUCUGACCAAACCCGCUCAGCCUGGUUACAGGAAAGUGUCUCUUCGUCAGAUUCUGCGGGCUGACAAGCUUGCCUUUUCCAAGUUGUCGGAGGCAGGUGAAGACAUCCGGGCAGACGCCUCAGGCACUCUCCCACUUGAUGCAGCGAUCGGGGCUAUUCUUCAUGAUUACGACCUAAUUGUAGCCCUUCUGCCUAUGGGCGACUUGGACGGUAAGGGCAAGAAUGCUAAUGGCCGAGGCGGUCGUCCUGGCCCUUACGGCGAUACUGCGCCCUGGAAGGGGAAGAAUGGCAAAGGUAAGGGUGAUUGGAACUCCAAAGGCUCUGAUAAUUGGACAGGGAAAGGCAAGAACACCUGGCAAGCUAAGGGCAAGUCGCCCAAGGGCAAAGGCUCGGGGGCCGGCAAGCCGGAAUGGUUACCUGAGGGACUUCGCUUCCAGGGAGCCUCUGCAUGGAAUCAUAAAGGCAACAAGGUCUGUUACGGCUUCAACCUCGGGACUUGUUCGGAUGCAAACUGCCAGAAGGGCGAUCAUACUUGCUGCAUCUUCAAAUGCGGUGGUGACCACCCGGUGGGUGGUAUCUCUGUAGCUGAUGUCGCGGCCCCGGCUUCGCCACCUUUUGGAGUGGGAGUGGACCCUGCUUCUAAGAUGGUGGAUGUCGACGAUUCUCCGAUUUUGGUAGAACCUACAGUUUUGGAUGCCCCUACGAUGCCGAGUGCUUCGUCUGAGUCGUUUUCCUUGGAGCACGCAGGGAGCGAGGGGGCGCUCCCCUCACCUCUCGUGGCAUCACAGGACAAUUCUCCGGCCCCUCAGAGUCAGGAGCCAAGCAGGGCCAUUUUGCAGUGUUUUGCAGGCCAAGCUCGUGUGGCUUCAGCUUUGAUUAAGCAGGGCUAUUUUUCCUACGGAGUGGACCGAUUCAAGCAGAAGGCGGCUAUGGCCCCAGUGCUUCAGAUGGACUUGUCGACGCGGGAGGCUUGUGACUCUGUCCUAACAUGGCUUGACAAACGGAAGAUUGCGGGUGUUAUGAUAUGUAUUCCUAAGCCUGCCUCGGAGCCUGUCACUACAGCUUUCAUUCUGGCCGUGAUGGCUGGCUGCUUAAGCAACAACCUGCCCAUGAUUCUUGAGGGUUCGGUGUCCUCUCCAUUUUGGGAGAAUCGCCUACCAGCAGCACAGCACCCUCCGCAUCAGGUGGAGGUUGAUUGGCGGUAUUGGGACCCACAUAGCAAACAGCGCAGCUUCGUGUUGUCUAAUAUGCCUGAAGUCCUCACUGUGCGCAGGGAGUCGGCUCUGCUGGGACAUAAGGUGCACCAGCGCUCGGAGGCGCAGACAGGCUACCCGCCGGUUUUUGCCACGGCGGUAGCUGAGGUUUUCAUUGCAGGUUUGACUCAGCGACAGCUGCCGUGCCGUAGCCCGGCCUUGACUAACAAAUCGCUGCGAGUUUCGGCUAUGAAUCAGCCACGUGGGGCGAUGCCGGAAGUGGUGUCUGAAUGGAAGUUGGUGGUCUAUGUCUUUCUGCCACCACAGGUUGAGGAUCCGUUUGGCGGGUCGAAGCGCCUUAAACAGGACUGGCGGGUCCCGCAAGGCGCCCGUGUGCUGCCGGAGCUUGGGGCGCUCCCGCAGGAUUCCCAGCUUCUGUCGCGUACUCAGUCAGGGGGGCAAUUGAGCCCGCAACUCCAGCAGGAAAUGCAAAACUUGAAUGGAGCCUCAGUUUUGCGAGUGGGCAUCCCAUGGGAUCCCAUCGAAUUUAUCGCCAAAGCAGGUAAGAUUGGACACCCAUAUCAUAAGUUAUCCAAGUGCAACAAGGAUUUGAGAGACCUCGUUCAUGACCUAGUACACAAACCGGGAAUGGUUCGUUCUCAGAGGAAGAAUUACAUCGAGAAGUGGGCCAGAAGAGCCAAAGAGUUGGAACCAGAGGAAGCCAAGCUGAAAGCUGGCAUGUCGGAUCACAGAAGGAAGAUCCUUCAACCCAAACGUAUCUUGCUGUUCGAAGAGAUGCUGCGAGACAUUGGGUAUGAUGAUAUGGGUGUGGUUCAGGAACUCAUCGACGCAGCCACGCUGACGGGAGACAUUCCUAUCACCGGGGUGCUGGAUACCAAGCUCAAGCCUGCUAGGUUGGAUAAUGAACAAAUUUUGGGGAUGUCUGAUGAAAUCAAACAGCAGAUCCGGGCGAAGACUGGGUCGUCGGGUGAUAAGGAAAUUGACCAGCUGUUGUGGGACAAGACGAUGGAAGAGGUGCAGAGUGGGUACCUCUCGGGACCUUAUGAUUUCGAGUCAUUGCCGAAACGAUGUUUGGUCAGCUCCCGUUUUCCGCUACUGCAAGGGGAGAAGCUGCGACCUAUUGACAACUACUCCUCGAGUUUGAUUAACGAUACGGUCACAGUCUCUGAAAAGCCCAUCACGCACUCUAUCGACGAAAUUGCUAUGUUGAUAAAUACACUCUCGAGUGCUGCUCGAAAGAAGAACCUGAACGCUUUGUACGGGAAAACGGCGGAUCUGAAGGGGGCUUACAGACAAUUGGCGGUAUCUGAUACAAGCUUAGAUUUCUCUUACCUCUCGGUCUACGACCCGGCAGAGGAGAAGCCCAAGUUGUUCCAACAACUAGCUGUGCCCUUCGGCUCCACCAAGGCCGUGUAUUUUUUCCUCAGGGUGGCGAGAGCUCUUUGGACUAUCCUGGUCAAAGGGGCCAGGAUCCCAACCACGAAUUACUUCGACGACUUUGUUCUGCUCGCUCUUGGAGGAGAUAGGAGUUCGUGUUCGCACGUUUUCGAUGAAGUUAUGAAGCUGUUAGGUUGGAAACUGUCAGCUGAUAAGACAACGGAGUGGAACACUAGCUUCGAGGCCCUUGGCGUUCUUUUCGAGCUUGACCAGACGGGGUCAGGAGUUCUGAAGGUCAGGAACACUGAGAAACGACGCAAGGAACUUACUGCUGCGAUCAAGGGUUUCCUGGACAAGGGAGCCAUGACUCAGAAGGAAGCUUUACAACUGCGGGGUAGGCUACAGUUUGCUCAAGCCCAGUUUUUCGGUAGACUGGGGAGAAGGUGCCUGACAGAGGUGACAAAGCAUGCCUACACUGGUAGGUCGAAGCUUUCGUCGAUGGCCAAAGAACGACUUGAAGAGUUUGGUAAGUUCCUUGACAUGGCCCAACCGAGGUUAGUGGGACAAGUUUCAUGCAGGACUUUUAUGAUCCUUACCGAUGCGGCGUUUGAGACGGAAUCAGGAACCGGAGGCCUUGGGGGAGUCCUUCUUACCGGGGCAGGUUCUGCACUUUCUUUCUUCAGCGUGCCGAUCUCAGAGCAGCAAGCCAAGUCGAUGUCGUUACAAGAUGAGCAUACGAUCAUAUAUGAGCUCGAAAUGUUCGGAGUCUUGAUCGGUCUCAAGCUCUUAGUCGAGAAGACGGCUGCUUUCGCAGAAUCAUACGAACAGCCGGGUGCUGUGGCUGGAACGGGAGUGAUUUGUUAUAUCGAUAAUGAUGCUGCGAGACACGCAUACAUCGCCGGCUCUUCGAAGAAAGGGGUUGCUGGGAUUCUUAUCGAUGAGGUCAAUUUUCUUGAGUAUGUCCACGGCAUCUUGCCGUGGUAUGCGAGAGUGGCAUCACCAGCCAAUCUGGCUGACGACCGACAGUUCGAAGAUAUCGGCCGUGUGCGGUACUUGCUACCCCACCGUGUGAAAAUAGCGCCGGUCUGCAAGCUUGACCUAGCCACUGCCUCUGGUCAGUCAGUCAUCUGGGAUGUGCUUCAGGCUCGAAAACCCUUUGCAGUCCAUCUGGCACCUCCGAUUCUUUCGGACCACAAGGCCCUCGCACAGUUCAUUUGCGACAUCAUCGGCUGGUGCGCCCAAAAUGAUGUUGUGGUGUCUCUUGAACAGCCUGACCGGAGCGAAGGCUGGGCCCUGCUCACGUCCUGCGCGCGUUCCCGUUUGCCAUCCGAGGUUCUUUCGAAGUGGGCUGGGCUUCAGAAGGUUGUUUUUCCCAUUUGCAUGCACGGGGGCUCUAGUCGGGCUCUGACCCGCCUCUUUGGCACGCCUCGUGUCUUCGAAUCCUUAGCGGUCGCUUGCGACGGCAAGCAUUGGCAUGGUCCGCGCCCCGGCGCCUGGGCCGUUCCCGCUGCCUACCCACAGAUUCUUUGCAACCGCAUCGCGGACUGCCUGCUGCAGUGUGCCAAGGCUAGGUCCGCCACGCCGAGUCCGAUCACUCGACUCAAAGAGGCUUCCACCGCCGCGCUGGGACGUCAGACCAAGCGCCAUGCCCCUUUGGUUCCUGAGUACCGGUUCGCGGGGGGAUCAACCGAGGAUGGACCAGCUGAAAUUCUUGUCAAGAAACUCAGCUGUUCUGAGAAGGCGCUCCUCAAGGAGCAUGAGUACUGGGAUAUGGGGGUAGUCCAGCUCAUGGAAAAGGGUGUAGACCUCGUUGGGUUUCAGAACCUUUCACUCUUUGAGGCGCUCCUCAAGGAGCAUGAGUACUGGGAUAUGGGGGUAGUCCAGCUCAUGGAAAAGGGUGUAGACCUCGUUGGGUUUCAGGAUACCCCUUCUUGUUACCCGCAGAAGAUUGUCCCGGCUACCAUGUCGAGGGACGAGUUCCUUGACUCCGCCGACUGGAGACGGCGGGCUCUCACCGCGCCUGGCUCCAGAACUCUGGAUGCAGAUCAGCUUGCCCACCUCGAGCAGGCGUGCCAAGAGGAGGUGGACUUGGGGUUCAUGCUAGGACCCUACACGGAGGAUCAAGUGUCCCAGCUGUUCGGCCAUACCCGUUGGUCGUGCAUCCGCAGAUUUGUCUUGGAGCAGAAACCAGGGAAGCUUCGGCCCAUUGACGAUGCAAAGGAGGCACUCGUGAACAGUGCCAGCACCUCGACGAUGCGACUUGAGCUUGAGGACGCUGACUACCUGUCGGCCAUGGUGCUUGAGAUCGCACGCCGAAUCCUAGCCGACCCUUCCAAACCAGGGGCCGUGCCCUGGGUCGCCAGAUGCCUCGACUUGACGAAAGCCUACAAGCAAAUGUGUGUUUCCGAGCGGGACCUGCAAGUCUCCGUAGUCUUCUUUCUUGAUAAACAGGGAAGGCCCAAGUUCUACGUGAGCCACUCGCUUUUAUUCGGUUGCACAUCGUCGGUCUUUGCGUUCAACAGGGUGUCAAAAGCAAUAUCCUUCCUCCUAAACAAAAUGUUGCUCGUGCCAAGCUCCGUGUUCAACGAUGACUUCCCCCUUCUAUCACCGAAUAAUACGGCUGAUAGCGCCACGUGGGCUACGACCUCGCUGCUCGACCUUCUGGGCUGGGGUCAUGCCCGCGUGGGCAAAGACACGAAAGGAGUUCCCUUUGCGGCAAGCUUCGAGGUCCUUGGAAUGUCGAUGCAGCUUGAUGGGGUGCAUAGGGGACGCCUGACUCUUCAAAACAAAGCCGGACGCAUAGAGCAACUUGUGUCGUUGUUUCAGGGUUUCCUUGACAGAGGUGCUAUCACAGUGCGCGAGGCACAGGUCGCUCAUGGGCUCUUGAAUUUCUCUGCCGGCUAUGUUAAUGGCCGGGCCUUGCGCUUGACCUGCCAGGAGCUGCUUCGCUUGACAAAGGUUUCGUGCCCCGCCUCUCCGAAGGCGAUCCGCAGCUUCUGUGUCAACAGCAUUGAGGCCCUCCGGGCGCUGAGCCCCCGUGUGCUCAGUGUGUGGGACAGCCGUGCUCCCAUACACGUCUUCACGGAUGGCGCGUGGGAGCAGGGCCGAGCUGGUGUUGGCGCUGUCAUCUUUGACACAGCCUCGGGCAAGUCGUGGACUUAUGAGGGUCUGGUCCCAGAGCAACUUAUCGCCCGUUGGGAGGCCGAUGUUGGGACCCAGCUCAUUUGUCAGAUCGAGUUGUACGCGGUUGUAUGCCUUAGAUGGGCCCUGGCCUCCACCUUUGAUCACAGGCGCUUGAUAUGGUGGAUUGACAAUGAAUCGGCUCGCUUUGGCUUGAUUAAGGGCAUCUCGGAUAGUCCCUCGAUGUCAUCCUUGAUUCAGGCUUUCGCACUGGCGGAUUCUAAGGCACCUUCGUAUAGCUGGUACGAAAGGGUCCCAUCAUUCUCAAACAUCGCGGAUGGACCAAGCAGAGGUGAUUCAACAGAAGCCUUGGCCGUCUGCACCAGCAAGGCGAAGUUGGAUUACCCUCUCGACGAGAGCCUCAUUCGGAGGCUGCUGUCGACUUGA